AUGGCGCUCCUUCCACCCGUCACCUCGAUGUCGAGGCCACAGCGGCACGCUGCGCUCAUUGCAGUAUCGCUGUUUUCCGUGGUUCUUCUAGCUUUGGGGGCUGCAGGCGCACACGCCACUGGUGAUAACGCAGACGUGAGCGCCUGCUCUGGCAGUAGUCCAUACUACACGGCCAUUGAGCAUGAGCACACUCGCCGCUUUCUCGAGUCCUUCAAGGUGGCAGUCCCGGCUCUGGCCUCCCUGUGGACGUGCGACAAUUUUUGCGCCCAUUCAGGUAUUCAAUGCACAGAGGAAGGCCUUAACGUGACCCUAAACUCGUCAGUAUUGUCAGGGAGUCUUCCUGAGCUCCCCAACGACGUCGAUGGAUUCCGAGUGGCCCUGUACGGUCUCACCUUUGUCGGAGAUGGAGAGCGUUUGAUCGGUUCCCUACCGGUCAGCUGGAACUUACUUACUCGUCUCUCCCACCUCGAUGUCCGCGCCACCGCCCUCUCCGGAACUCUGCCCGAAACCUGGGGAACGCCCGCUGACAGUCGUGUGAUGACAAGACGCAUUGUAGCCUCUCCUUCCACGGCCUGCAACGGUGUCUGCUUACGUGUGCUUCGACUUGGAGGCAAUCACCUAACCGGCACCCUCCCUGCCAACUGGGGCAAGAUGACAACCCUGCAGGAGAUCUGGAUUAACGACAACCUCUUCACCGGCACCCUGCCCCCCGAAUGGAGCGCCCUCGUCAAUCUUCGCACCCUCAACGCACGCAGCAAUCUCCUCAGCGGCACAUUGCCCGCAGAGUGGGCUUCCAUGGAGAGCAUUCGGCAAAUCAGUAUCGACAACAACAACUUUUGCGGCUGUGUUCCCGACUCAUGGAAAAAAAAUACACAGAUUACCAUCGACGCUGACGAGCCCCUUUGGAUGGAGGACUGUGCUACAUCCAACGGAUGCGACACGAACUCCAGCAGCAGCUCUGCGCCGUCAUCGUCCUCGUCGUCUGCACCGUCCAGCAGCAGUUUGGACGACUGCUACAUUCCUGUGCCAUUCUAUAGCCCCGCUCAACAAAACAAUACGCGGGAGUUCCUCGAGGCUUUUAAGGAGACGAUCCCCAUGCUGCGAGAGAUAUGGGUGUGCCCGAACUUCUGCACUUGGCUUUAUGUGCAGUGCACGAGCUCUGGUCUUGCGUUGGAGAUGGCUGGUGCGCCCCUCGCCGGCUCUCUUCCAAGGGUUCCAACCGAAGUCAAUGUAAACGAGAUCGUUGUGAACAGGGUAAAUAUGAGCGACAUCACGAGCCUUGGUAAUCAAUUGCCUCCGAGCUGGGGCUCAUUGGUGUCAAUGGAGCACAUCGCUGUCCCUGGAACAUUUCUUUUUGGCAAUCUGCCGUCGGAGUGGGGCGGCAUGUCCGGGCUCAAGUAUCUUGACGCUGGUGGGACAAUGCUUACAGGCCAGCUACCGACCACUUGGUCGAAUCUGAAAAACUUGGAGGUACUGCGUAUCAAUGAAGCAAUGCUCUCUGGUAGCCUCCCAGACACAUGGAGCAGCAUGACCUCACUGAAAGAGCUGGACCUCAGCACUAACACUAUUGACGCCAUCCUGCCGUCGUCAUGGAGACUCCUUAAAAACAUCCGUAGCCUCCAGCUACAGAGCAACCACCUACGCGGAACCCUUCCCCAAUCAUGGAAAGAACUGACUAACAUUGAGGAAUUCCGCGUCGAUGACAACCAGCUCAUAGGAAGAAUUCCAGAAAGCUACAGUGCGUGGAUAAAGAUCAAAAAUGCCGAUCUUCGACUCAACAAUUUCUGCGAAUGUCUCCCCUCCAGAUGGGUAGACAACAACGGGAUAACGAUUUCUGCUACCGCCGACGCUCCCGUGUUAGCUGAAGAUUGCGCAACCGAAAAUCAGUGUACUGAUAUACCACCGCCGUCUUCCUCGUCGUCCUCGUCGUCUGCGCCGUCCAGCAGCAGCUCCGCGCCGUCGUCGUCCUCGUCGUCUGCGCCGUCCAGCAGCAGCUCCGCGCCGUCGUCGUCCUCGUCGUCUGCACCGUCCAGCAGCAGCUCCGCGCCGUCGUCCUCGUCGUCUGCACCGUCCAGCAGCAGCUCCGCGCCGUCGUCCUCGUCGUCUGCACCGUCCAGCAGCAGCUCCGCGCCGUCGUCCUCGUCGUCUGCACCGUCCAGCAGCAGCUCCGCGCCGUCGUCCUCGUCGUCUGCACCGUCCAGCAGCAGCUCCGCGCCGUCGUCGUCCUCGUCGUCUGCACCGUCCAGCAGCAGCUCCGCGCCGUCGUCGUCCUCGUCGUCUGCGCCGUCCAGCAGCAGCUCCGCGCCGUCGUCGUCCUCGUCGUCUGCGCCGUCCAGCAGCAGCUCCGCGCCGUCGUCCUCGUCGUCUGCACCGUCCAGCAGCAGCUCCGCGCCGUCGUCCUCGUCGUCUGCACCGUCCAGCAGCAGCUCCGCGCCGUCGUCGUCCUCGUCGUCUGCACCGUCCAGCAGCAGCUCCGCGCCGUCGUCGUCCUCGUCGUCUGCACCGUCCAGCAGCAGCUCCGCGCCGUCGUCGUCCUCGUCGUCUGCGCCGUCCAGCAGCAGCUCCGCGCCGUCGUCGUCCUCGUCGUCUGCGCCGUCCAGCAGCAGCUCCGCGCCGUCGUCGUCCUCGUCGUCUGCGCCGUCCAGCAGCAGCUCCGCGCCGUCGUCGUCCUCGUCGUCUGCGCCGUCCAGCAGCAGCUCCGCGCCGUCGUCGUCCUCGUCGUCUGCGCCGUCCAGCAGCAGCUCCGCGCCGUCGUCGUCCUCGUCGUCUGCACCGUCCAGCAGCAGCUCCGCGCCGUCGUCGUCCUCGUCGUCUGCGCCGUCCAGCAGCAGCUCCGCGCCGUCGUCGUCCUCGUCGUCUGCACCGUCCAGCAGCAGCUCCGCGCCGUCGUCGUCCUCGUCGUCUGCGCCGUCCAGCAGCAGCUCCGCGCCGUCGUCGUCCUCGUCGUCUGCGCCGUCCAGCAGCAGCUCUGCGCCGUCGUCGUCCUCGUCGUCUGCGCCGUCCAGCAGCAGCUCCGCGCCGUCGUCGUCCUCGUCGUCUGCGCCGCCCAGCAGCAGCUCUGCGCCGUCGUCGUCCUCGUCGUCUGCGCCGUCCAGCAGCAGCUCCGCGCCGUCGUCCUCGUCGUCUGCGCCGUCCAGCAGCAGCUCCGCGCCGUCGUCGUCCUCGUCGUCUGCACCGUCCAGCAGCAGCUCUGCGCCGUCGUCGUCCUCGUCGUCUGCGCCGUCCAGCAGCAGCUCCGCGCCGUCGUCGUCCUCGUCGUCUGCACCGUCCAGCAGCAGCUCCGCGCCGUCGUCGUCCUCGUCGUCUGCGCCGUCCAGCAGCAGCUCCGCGCCGUCGUCGUCCUCGUCGUCUGCACCGUCCAGCAGCAGCUCCGCGCCGUCGUCGUCCUCGUCGUCUGCGCCGUCCAGCAGCAGCUCUGCGCCGUCGUCGUCCUCGUCGUCUGCACCGUCCAGCAGCAGCUCCGCGCCGUCGUCGUCCUCGUCGUCUGCGCCGUCCAGCAGCAGCUCUGCGCCGUCGUCGUCCUCGUCGUCUGCGCCGUCCAGCAGCAGCUCCGCGCCGUCGUCGUCCUCGUCGUCUGCGCCGUCCAGCAGCAGCUCCGCGCCGUCGUCCUCGUCGUCUGCACCGUCCAGCAGCAGCUCUGCGCCGUCCAGCAGCAGCUCCGCGCCGUCGUCGUCCUCGUCGUCUGCACCGUCCAGCAGCAGCUCCGCGCCGUCGUCGUCCUCGUCGUCUGCGCCGUCCAGCAGCAGCUCCGCGCCGUCGUCGUCCUCGUCGUCUGCGCCGUCCAGCAGCAGCUCUGCGCCGUCGUCGUCCUCGUCGUCUGCGCCGUCCAGCAGCAGCUCCGCGCCGUCGUCGUCCUCGUCGUCUGCGCCGUCCAGCAGCAGCUCUGCGCCGUCGUCGUCCUCGUCGUCUGCGCCGUCCAGCAGCAGCUCUGCGCCGUCGUCGUCCUCGUCGUCUGCACCGUCCAGCAGCAGCUCUGCGCCGUCGUCGUCCUCGUCGUCUGCGCCGUCCAGCAGCAGCUCCGCGCCGUCGUCGUCCUCGUCGUCUGCACCGUCCAGCAGCAGCUCCGCGCCGUCGUCGUCCUCGUCGUCUGCGCCGUCCAGCAGCAGCUCUGCGCCGUCGUCGUCCUCGUCGUCUGCACCGUCCAGCAGCAGCUCUGCGCCGUCGUCGUCCUCGUCGUCUGCACCGUCCAGCAGCAGCUCCGCGCCGUCGUCGUCCUCGUCGUCUGCGCCGUCCAGCAGCAGCUCUGCGCCGUCCAGCAGCAGCUCUGCGCCGUCCAGCAGCAGCUCCGCGCCGUCGUCGUCCUCGUCGUCUGCGCCGUCCAGCAGCAGCUCCGCGCCGUCGUCGUCCUCGUCGUCUGCGCCGUCCAGCAGCAGCUCCGCGCCGUCGUCGUCCUCGUCGUCUGCGCCGUCCAGCAGCAGCUCCGCGCCGUCGUCGUCCUCGUCGUCUGCGCCGUCCAGCAGCAGCUCCGCGCCGUCGUCGUCCUCGUCGUCUGCGCCGUCCAGCAGCAGCUCCGCGCCGUCGUCGUCCUCGUCGUCUGCGCCGUCCAGCAGCAGCUCCGCGCCGUCGUCGUCCUCGUCGUCUGCGCCGUCCAGCAGCAGCUCCGCGCCGUCGUCGUCCUCGUCGUCUGCGCCGCCCAGCAGCAGCUCUGCGCCGUCGUCGUCCUCGUCGUCUGCGCCGUCCAGCAGCAGCUCCGCGCCGUCGUCCUCGUCGUCUGCGCCGUCCAGCAGCAGCUCCGCGCCGUCGUCGUCCUCGUCGUCUGCACCGUCCAGCAGCAGCUCUGCGCCGUCGUCGUCCUCGUCGUCUGCGCCGUCCAGCAGCAGCUCCGCGCCGUCGUCGUCCUCGUCGUCUGCACCGUCCAGCAGCAGCUCCGCGCCGUCGUCGUCCUCGUCGUCUGCGCCGUCCAGCAGCAGCUCCGCGCCGUCGUCGUCCUCGUCGUCUGCGCCGUCCAGCAGCAGCUCUGCGCCGUCGUCGUCCUCGUCGUCUGCGCCGUCCAGCAGCAG